UCUUUGGUGAUUUACUCGUGAAUGGUCCAUCCGCCUUCAUUCCAACAACACAGUCGCAUAGCUUAGGUCACAAACAUUACUUUGGAUUUGUUUUUCCUUAUACGUAUGUUAUCUCUUUUCGGAUUGGAUUAAUUUGCUGUGAGAAUUUGUUGGAUUAACAGUGAGAUGACAUUCAGGUGAUGGUGAGGAAAGUGCUGUUUCUUUGAAGAAGGAUUACAAUUUGGUACCAUAUACGAUGGAACAGGGUGAAGAGAUUAGUGUUAAGACCCUGAGGGAAAAGUUCCAGAAUGAUGAAUCUUCAAAUACGCGAAUCAAACCUGCCAUCCCAGAGAAACCCAAAACUAUCCCCCCAAUUUCUCCCACUGCAAAAAUCAGCAACCCCCUAAUCGCUUCCAUCAACUCAGCUGUAGAGAACCGCAUGGCUCCUCGUGUGGUCUUCAAAGAUGACAAAAAGACCCGCCCAUUAUCUCAACCUGAACCUGCAAUGAUAAAGGCAAAGCCUAUUUUGCUGGAUAAGAACCAGAAGAAGGAAGCAGAUCUUAUCAAACAAGCCCUGAAAGAUAAAAAGCGUUUGCCCACGAGUACUGUUUCACCAGUCUUUGAACAGAAACCCAAAAGUGAGUCUACCCUGAAGUCCCCAGGUUUGGAGACACCGGUCAAAGUCCCAACACCGUUCAAGAAGGCCACAUUGAACAAGCCAGACAAGGAUGAGAUAGAAAAUACAGACCUCUCAGAAUGGGAUGUACCAGCUACCCCUCUCCGGAAUCAUUCAGAUUCUAGCAUUUCUCCUCAUGCCAUGAUAGAGGCCACAGUUAAAAAGCCUCUUGUUCCACCUGUUAGAGCUAACCCUACUAUCUCUCCUCCAGUUAUUUCUCGUCCAGCAUUUUCACCCUCAAAACCUCCUGCCCUGACAGUUCCACAACCUGUCUAUCAAAAUGGUCCUCAAAUGGAGAGCACAAGAUCAGAAAUUCCUAUUAGACAUAAUUCCAACGUGAUAAGUCCAACAGCAAAUAUUUCUGAAGAUGGUUUACCAGAGGAUGCAAUGUCAAUUCCAGAAAGCCCUGAUAUAAUUACUAUGGAUAUUCCUCCUCCAAUUAUUCCUGAAGACUUUUCUGAUGGCCCUUCUGAUCUAGAUAUAUCACCCAGUGUUACUCCUGAGCCUCGAUUCCCUCGUGCUUCCUAUUCUGCUACUCCAGUUUUCCCGAGUCCAGCACUAUAUCAUACAGAUUCCACUCAUCCAUAUUCAGAUUCUGUUUUCACAUUCAGUCCUUUACCAGAACGUUCAUCUCCAUCAAUGAAUUUCGAUUCAUUGAGAGAAAGCAGGUUGACUGAAUCGCCCAAAAUGAUCGACUACACUGAGAAGCCCUUGGAAGUUCCAAUGUCAAGCUCACCCAUGGCUGCUUCUGUGGUCUCUGCUCUAGCAAGAGCUGAAGAGAUGGCCCCUGUUAAGCAUAGCCCUUGUGAUCAACGACUACUUAACCUUCUGGAAAAGGCUAAGCGAAAGUCUACAGUGGGGAGUCAGUUAUCCACACCUGAAACUCUGCCUGUACUUGAAAGUGAUCUGCCCAGCAAUUUUCCACUUGAGUCUUCAUCACCAGAGACAGUCCAUGCUGAACCAGUUUCACAUGUGGAAGCCCCAAAUGUCCCUGAACCUCUGAAUCUUCUUGAUAUCCCCCCUGUUGACUAUAAGGGCAAGGCAGAAAAAGCAGCAACAGAGUAUAACACUCAGCCUCAUGAAACAUCUCUCAAUAACCAAGAUGACAGAAAAAGUUUACCUUCUCCGAAGACGGUGAUUGUGCAAAAACCUGUUGUGCCUCCUCCACCUCCUCCCAGAAAGCCUCGGUUGACCGUCCCUAAUGGUGGCCUCACACCAGAAAUACCACCUCAGCCCCCGAGCGAAGACAUGAAGUCCAUCAUUCAGCCAAGUCUGCCCCUGGAGGACAAUGAAAUCAUUAUUCGAGCUCCUCCUGAAUUUACCUCAGCGGAUUCAAGAUGUGACGAUUCGGAAAUUUUGGAUUUAUCUGAAAGGGUUGGGACACAAGACAAUAUUCUGGAUCAUGGAAUUCCUGUCCCUUCAGUUCACGAAGGAGCCUUUUUCGAACACUUAAAUCUCAAACAUCAAAACCCAAAUAUGGACAUUACAGAUACUGGACUUCCCAAGACCCCUUUGACUACUGAAUAUUCAGAUUUGGCAGCAAACUCUUUUCCCAGUCCAGCUGUGCCUUCUCCAACAGGGAAACAAAUUAGCUUCAGCAACACAGAGUUCGAAGACAUGGCAACCAGCAAGAAAAGUAAAGUACAGAAGAAACAACGCAAAGGAUCUCCUAUGAAUCCAUAUGCUGAAACACCUACGGCAGAGGAGUUCCCCAAGAAAGUAUUAUUCUCCAAAAAGAACUCUGUGUCGGAUGAAAAGGAGCUGAAGUUGAAAGACAAAAAAAGCCAGAAGGACAAAGAGAAAGAGAAGGAAAAAGAAAAGGAGCAGAAGGAGAAGGAAAAAGAAAAGAAGGAACAGAAGGAGAAGAAAAAAGAGCAAAAGGACAAGGAAAAAGACAAGAAAGAGUUGAAAGAGAAGGAAAAAGAAAAGAAGGAACAGAAAGAGAGGGAAAAGAAAGAAAAUGAAAUUAAGAAGAAAUUCAAGAUCACAGGAGAUGAGGAGGCCUUGUAUCAAGCUAAAGUGACAGAGACCAUUAAGGGCCGGAAAGAUGAUCUGGCGAUAAAAGCUGGAGAUAUCGUCAGCAUUAUUCGCACCACGGACUGCCCUAAAGGAAAGUGGCUGGCCAGGGACAGUACAAAUAAAUAUGGCUAUAUCCCAUUGGAGAGUGUGGAGUUGAAUAUUCAGGAGAUGAUGGUGCUGGGGAAUAAAGCUAAAGCUAAUAAUAGGCUCAGCAUUAAUGGGAUAAUAGACUCAAAGACCCCCAGUACAGACAUCAUACCCUCACGUCAUUACAGUAUAAACCAAGAGAGCUUCGAAGACGACAGUGAGGAGUGGGGUGAUGAUGACGACACGGUUUUCCAACCAGAUCACACCACAGAUAUAGUACUGAACCAGCAGGUGUCUUCUCCAGACGGUGGUCUUAAGACAGAUCCCGGUCUACCAGCACAUACUGAUAGAAGCGAUAACGCUCAUGGAGGACGAGAAGCGCUUCAUAAACUGACGACCUUCUUCGCACAGCCGACCGUCCCCAUACUACAGAGCAACACACCAAUCAAAGAACCAGUGUUGCCUGCUGUCAGGACUCUGGAACCAGUCAAUUCCCUCAAACAGGAAGUAGACCUUCAGAUCCUUCCUCCACCGGAUCUCUACGCUGACAUCGUCGUGGGGUGAAAAAAACAGCACGCAUUUAUUCCAUCUAACACGUUGUGGACAUGUUCGAAAGACUUCAAACGUUUUGCUUCCUUCUGUCUACAUCGUGAAAGAACUCGACUGCAACUCUUCCCCCUGGCUGAUGUGAAAGAAUGCUGUCAGGCGUGUAGAAAAAUGAGGCGUGGGCAUGACGGUGUUCACAUGGUUGAAGGUGGGGUUCAUUUUUAACUCCAUAAGAAGGACAUGAAUGGAGGAAUGUAUGGCAACUUGUUGGCAUUACGAUGUUAUUAUUUUCCUUGUGGAAGCUGGGUGUUUUUACUUCCGCCGUCCUAUUCUGAGAAGCCGGAUUCAAGAUUCCUUUUAGAUAAUGUUGGCUGUAAAACUACUAUGUAAUACAAAGAGCUUGGAAAACAAUCCAAAGCAACCAGUCAUUUGGUCGAGGUUCCACUAAGAUAUCCUGGUUUCUGUCUUUUAAGACCAUGCAGCGUUUUUGUAUCGUUAGUUAUUUUUUAUUUUAAGUAGUCUCAGCACAAAAAAACAAAACAAACUAAUCACCUGACAGAAAGAUGGAUUGAUUCCUGUUGUGCUUUGAUAGUAUUAUAUCUGUGUACAGUUAUAUUAUUCUAUGUGUGGUGUAUGUCUUACCUGCUUUAGACCAUCUUAGUGUUCGGAUAAUGGUUAAUUGUUUAAACAAAAUGCACCCAAGUCAUGGGGGAAAGAAAACACUAGUAUGCAUGAACAGGUAUAUUGUGAUGUGUUUGGAUAAUCCAUCCUAGCAUAUCUGGACCAUAUUUAUUUGUACUUCUAACCUGAAUCUAUUACCAAUAACCACAAAGACAAUAUAGCAUUUAUAUUCUCAAUACAGCUUUUCUU